CCCCCCCCCGGGUCUCUGUCUACUCUCUCUCUCUCUUCAGAGGUCAAGAAACCCCAAAAUCGCAAAACCCUAGGAAAGAAACAGAGCCCUGGAAAAGAGGGAGGAAGAGAGAGAUGGGUUUAUCAGUAGUUGAUUGUAGAGCAGGAACUCUGGUGUGGGUCCAGAGGAAGAAUGGGACAUGGUGGCCUGGCAGGGUAGUUGAAAUCAGUGAGCUCUCGCCUUCUCUUCCUAUUAACAGAACAGCCACCACCCCCAUCAAGCUCCUCGGCCGAGAAGAUUCCAGUGUGGACUGGUACAAUGCAGAGAAAUCUAAGCGCAUCAAGGCAUUUCGAUGUGGUGAGUUUGAUGAUUGUAUUACAAAAGCUGAGUCGUCCCAGGUCAGUUCCCCAAAGAAAAUUGGCAAAAAUGCACGCCGGGAAGUUGCUAUUCUCGAUGCUCUUGAGCUGGAAAAGCUAGAAAUGCAGAAAAAACAUCAAGCAGCAGGAAAGGAGCAGGCAGGAAUUAUAUGCCAAGGAAAGAGAAGCCGGCGUGUUUACUUGCCAGCUGAGUCAGAGAAUUGCUGGAAGAAAACAGAUAUCUGUCCCAAAGUGUUGAAGGUCUCAUCCUCCACGUUUGAAGUGCAUGAAUGUCCUAAGCAAUCUGGUUCAGCUGAAGUCAACAUCUCUUCCAGAGCAAUGGAAUCUGAACCAUCCGAAAAUGAUUCUAGGGGUCCAGACAGAGUUCAAAGGGAUACUCAACUUUCAGGUAAAUUUGGCUUGCAACCUGGAAACAUCAAUGGGACGGGGAAUCAUGAAGUCAAGCGCUUGUCCUGUGGAGUACAAAAACGGGAGCUGAAAGGAAAAGAAAACAUUAGCAAUCUAACCAGAAGGCAUGGAGAUGUGAUUGAUAUCAAGAGCGUCAAACUCAAAAAAGAGAUGGCUAAUAAACCGUGUCAGUCACCUCAUAGUAGGAGUUACUUGGAAGAACCAGGCUUCCAAUUUGCUGAUACAGUACAUAGCCAAUUUUAUAACAUGAUGCAAAUGACCUUAACUGACGUGGAGUUGAAAAUCCAAGCAAGUUAUCGACAAGAACAUGUCCCUCUGGUUUCUCUCAUGAGUAGAUUAAAUGGGAAAUCAAUUAUUGGGCCCUGGUUGAUGUUGAAGCAUCAGAUGAAGGUUCCUUAGAGAUCCUGCCUGGUAGAAAUCACGAAACUAGCCGCAAGUUUAGUAAUAACGGGAGUGCCACGCUUCAGUCAGCUUGGAGGACUUCUAGAAGGACUCCUGUUUGUUAUGUCCCCCAAGAUGAUCAAAAUCCAGGUAAUUUAGGUCUUAAGGCAAGGGAGAGACGUCUGCCGCCGAAAAAGUUUCUGGUGAAAGUGCUGAAGAAACCUAGCUUGUCUAACCAGAAAUCAAGAACACUCUCUUCAUUUGACAGCGAACAGGGAAAAGACAGUAUGGCUAUGGCUAACAGAGUGACGCGUGUCCCCGUAAAACAUAUUUUCAGUAAGUUACUGGUGGCGGUUGGCGGUGUGUGAUAAUGAGCAGCAACUCAUGGAGUUUUGUUACUUGAUGCUGUACAGAAGAAAAGCCUGUAUAGCUUACUAAUUACAUGGUUGUAGAAAAUUCUAUUUAUCUUUUACUUAACAAUUUCUGAACCACAAAAUCAGUUUAAAGGGUAGGUUAUGCAAAUGUAAGUACAGAAACAGCAGGGGUAUCUCCCAGUAGCUUUUGUUGUCCCCUGCAGUUAGAUUUGAGGGAAUUGGAGUAGAUUGGAUUGUGUGGAUGCAUAUUGAUGUUCCUUGAAAGUAGGGGUGGGCAAACAGGUAUUUCGUGUUAUUU